UUUAAUGGAUGAGAUGGCGACCACACAGAUUUCAAAAGAUGAGCUUGAUGAACUCAAAGAGGCCUUUGCAAAAGUUGAUCUCAACAGCAAUGGAUUCAUUUGCGACUAUGAACUUCAUGAGCUUUUCAAGGAAGCAAAUAUGCCAUUACCGGGAUAUAAAGUCAGAGAAAUUAUUCAAAAACUCAUGCUGGAUGGUGACAGGAAUAAAGAUGGGAAGAUAAGUUUUGACGAAUUUGUUUAUAUUUUCCAAGAGGUGAAAAGCAGUGAUAUUGCCAAGACCUUCCGUAAGGCCAUCAACAGGAAAGAAGGAAUCUGUGCUCUUGGGGGAACUUCAGAGCUGUCCAGUGAAGGAACACAGCAUUCUUACUCAGAGGAAGAAAAAUAUGCUUUUGUUAACUGGAUAAACAAGGCUUUGGAAAAUGAUCCUGAUUGCAGACAUGUUAUACCAAUGAACCCAAAUACCGAUGACCUGUUCAAAGCUGUUGGUGAUGGAAUUGUACUUUGUAAAAUGAUCAACCUUUCAGUUCCUGAUACAAUUGAUGAAAGAGCCAUCAAUAAGAAGAAACUGACUCCCUUUAUCAUCCAGGAGAACUUGAACUUGGCACUGAACUCAGCCUCUGCCAUUGGGUGUCACGUUGUAAACAUUGGUGCAGAGGAUCUGCGGGCUGGGAAGCCUCAUCUGGUUCUGGGACUACUUUGGCAGAUCAUUAAGAUCGGUUUGUUCGCUGACAUUGAAUUAAGCAGGAAUGAAGCCUUGGCUGCUUUACUUCGUGAUGGGGAGACUUUGGAGGAACUUAUGAAAUUGUCUCCAGAAGAGCUUCUGCUUCGAUGGGCGAACUUUCACUUGGAAAACUCAGGCUGGCAAAAGAUCAAUAACUUCAGUGCUGACAUCAAGGAUUCUAAAGCCUAUUUCCAUCUUCUCAAUCAAAUUGCACCAAAAGGACAAAAGGAAGGUGAACCACGCAUAGAUAUCAACAUGUCAGGUUUCAAUGAAACAGAUGAUUUGAAGAGAGCUGAGAGUAUGCUUCAACAAGCAGACAAAUUAGGUUGCAGACAGUUUGUUACCCCUGCUGAUGUUGUCAGUGGAAACCCCAAGCUGAAUUUAGCCUUUGUGGCUAACUUGUUUAAUAAAUAUCCGGCACUAACUAAACCUGAGAACCAGGAUAUCGACUGGACCCUACUGGAAGGGGAAACUCGUGAAGAAAGAACCUUCCGUAACUGGAUGAACUCGCUUGGUGUUAAUCCCCAUGUGAACCAUCUCUACGCUGACCUGCAAGAUGCUCUGGUAAUCUUACAGUUAUAUGAACGAAUUAAAGUUCCUGUUGACUGGAGUAAAGUUAAUAAGCCUCCAUACCCAAAACUUGGAGCCAACAUGAAAAAGCUUGAAAACUGCAACUAUGCUGUAGAGUUAGGGAAGCAUCCUGCCAAAUUCUCCUUGGUUGGAAUUGGAGGGCAAGACUUGAAUGAUGGAAACCAAACCCUGACAUUAGCCUUAGUCUGGCAGCUCAUGAGAAGGUAUACCCUCAACGUCCUAGAAGACCUGGGAGAGGGUCAGAAAGCGAAUGAUGACAUUAUUGUAAAUUGGGUGAACCGAACAUUGAAAGAAGCUGGAAAAUCAACUUCCAUUCAGAGUUUUAAGGACAAGACGAUCAGCUCCAGUUUGGCCGUUGUGGAUUUAAUUGAUGCCAUCCAGCCAGGCUGCAUUAACUAUGACCUCGUGAAGAGCGGCAGUCUAACGGAAGACGACAAGCAUAACAAUGCCAAGUAUGCCGUAUCGAUGGCUAGAAGGAUUGGAGCCAGAGUGUAUGCCCUCCCUGAAGAUCUUGUGGAAGUAAAGCCCAAGAUGGUCAUGACCGUGUACUACGUCCCUGUCAAAAACUAUAAAUUUGCAAAAAGAGACUUUGAUUCUGUCAGAGGGGUGGAGGGUGGGCGGCGGGGAGGGGGGCCGGGGGAGGGGGGGAUUGCUGGGUAUGCUCGGACUGACUCGCGAGACACUGAGAACAGCAAUGAGGAGCACACUGGGAACGCUCAGCGCAUCAAGGGCACGCUGGCACGUCGGGGGCACGUGGUUGCGUCGAGGGCACGCUGGCGCGUCGCGGGCACGCGGUUGCGUCGCGGUCACGUGGUUGCGUCCAGAGCACGCAUACGCAUUGACGGUUAG